AGGAUCUCUGAUUCUCUUUCAAAGGGAUUAGGACCUGAAUUCCUCAGCAAGAGACCCGGACCAUCCGGUUCAUUUACUUAUGUCGAAGGUUGGAUGCUCAUCGAUCUUGCAAACAAAGUGUUUGGAUUUGAUGGUUGGAAUUCAGAAAUAAAAAGUAUAGCUAUUGACUAUAUGGAUGAAUUGGAUGGUAAUAGAUAUAAUGUAUCGGCAUCUGCUCAUGUGCGGGUUACUCUUAAAGACGGCACAUUCCAUGAGGAUGUUGGAUGCGGUUCUGUAGAAAAUAUGCGAAUGAAAUCUGCAGCCUUGGAAAAGGCAGCAGUUACUGAUGGGUUAAAGAGAGCACUGCGGCUUUUUGGAAGAGUCUUGGGAAAUUGCUUAUAUGAUCAAGCAUUCCUCAGA